AUGAUAGAAAGAAAUGGCGGCCCACAUCACUCUCUGGAGAUACUCAUAACCGGAAGUGGGGAUGGAAGAUUCGUCUACAUCACUGUCACUGGCCGUCAGGACGGGAAAUGCCUGAACGACCGAAAGGAGUCAAACUAUGGAAACGAUUUUAGCGACUGCAAUGGACUGAAUGAACGACGUAAAAAAGAAAAAGAAAUAAAGAAAGGGGGUAAAUCUAACAACCACAUCAACGGCCAGCGGCCUGAAAUUAGGGAAAGCCUCUUUAAAUUAGUGUUCGAGAAGAAUGUUUCUCAGAAGAAAAUCGCUUGGACAGUUUCAUUUGGGAGGAAGGAUGACCGCGAAUACAAGAAUGAAGGCGGUGGUAAAGGAAAAAUCAAAAGACCCAAACCUGAUGACGAUGAUGAUCUUCCAGCUUUGGGCGAUACUGAUGGUGAUGCUAAAAAAAGAGAGAAUGAUUUUGAGGACGAUUACGAGAAAUAUUAUAACGGCUAUGGGUAUUAUGGUGAUGGUGGUGGAGAGUUUUGGGGCGGGGUUUGGGUUUUUUCGGAACCAGAGCCGCCACCAGAUGAAGGGGGCGGAGGGGGUCCGGCCCCAACUUUUUCCCCAACAAUUGGAGACAACUCAGGAGAGAAGAUGAAAGCAAGAGAACCAGAAGUAAUUUCCAUGCUUUGCUAUGAGACGUGCACAUUGUACAUAAAUGGCAUAGAGGCUGUGGAUGUUGGGACUGACGAUUGGCUGAAGGGCGUCACGUUCAAGAUAUCUAAGCCGUCUAAGUUGGCGGUCCUAAUCGAGACCAAAUACGGUAACAACGGUGGCCUGGCUAUUGAUUCUCUGACGAAACUCUACAAUACCGACAACACGCGAUGGAGAUGUACCACGACGGAAUACCCAGAGUGGUUCUCGGCGAGCUACGACGCGUCGCAGUGGUCGAACGCUGUGGCCGUCGGGAAGGUGUCGGCCUGUGGCAUGCUGGAUGAGGUCAACAUGCUGCCGUAUGCGGUGUAUCCAACCUGCCCUCUAGUCCCUAUCUCUCCCCACACUUCAUGGAUCUGGCACCACCCACACAGCGAGCUAGAUGUAGGGGCCUACAAAGUUUUCUGUCGGCUUGACAUCACCGAAUCGAAAUCCCGAGAGUACGAUGAAAGGAAAAAGCUUCGAGAGGCCAGAUUUGCUUUAACACCACCAGCCAUUGUCGCUGCUGUUCCUGCAGCUACAACUUUCGCUGUUCCUUCUGCUGCUGUCGGAGCCACAGCUACGCCUGCUGCCACUGCUCCGAUCCCAGGUGCCGCCAAGCAGCCCGAAGCUGCCGGAGCUGGUGCUCCCGCUGAUCCCGCUCCUCCCACAGCUGGUCCUGCGGCUAACGUCUGA